CCUUGGUUUUCCUGAGCAAAUUGCACCUCUUCAGGUCUUCAGAAGACACUCUGAGGAACAAAACAAAGGAAAUAGCGAAGGCUCCUCUUUCAUCAGUACAGCAGAUUUAAAGUAAGAGCAGAAUUGCGACAAGUUGAAUGAAAAUGUCCAGCAAAGCAGACUACUUUAACAUGACUGAUAAUUAUCCAAUUUUUGAACUUAUGACUAAUUAUUAUGUCGAUGACAUAAAUGGCGAUAUCUGUUACCAUGAGAAUUUACCUUGGGCAGACAUUUCCAUCUCAGUCCUCUACUAUCUGAUCUUCUUGAUUGGAUCUCUGGGUAAUAUCUUUGUCAUUAUAAACAUGGCCUUCAAAGAGAAGAAAAGGAGGAGACUGGUGGAUACAUUUGUGAUCAACUUAGCAAUUGCAGACCUGAUUUUUGUCUUCAGCUUGCCUUUGUGGGCAUCCUCAGCUGGCAACAAUCACCACUGGAUCUUUGGCAAUGAACUCUGCAAAAUUAGUAGCUACAUCAUUGCUGUCAACAAGUACUCAAGCAUCUUUUUUCUCACCUGCAUGAGCGUUGACCGCUAUUUGGCCAUCGUUAAGAUGCUCGACUUCCAGCACCUCAGGACGCAGAAUUAUGCUAUGACAAUCAGUUUCGUGAUCUGGUUUGCAUCCAUGCUUCUAGCCAUUCCAUCUGCCUACUUCAGGAAACUUAUACCUGCACAAGAUGAUGAAAUCCGAUGCACCGAAGACUCAGAUUCUUAUUUUUACCGAGGUUUCUAUUUGUUUGCUAUUUGCCUGACCUUCGUCCUGCCUGUCAUUGUUAUACUGUUCUGUUACUGCUCAAUUCUUAAUAGGCUAAGGGUUCAUUAUGAAUACAACAACAAGGUUCUCCAGAGAAGAGAAAACUCCUUAAAAAUCAUCUUUGCCAUUGUGUCUGGGUUUGUUUUGUCUUGGUUGCCCUUUAACAUUUUUAAGACUAUCAGUCUGUGCUUGGAAUUCAGCAAUGUUAACAUGUCUUGCUGGACUAUAGUCAACCAUUGCUUGGCCAUUGCUUCUUGCCUGGCUUUUGUUAACAGCUGCAUGAACCCAAUCAUUUACGCCUUCUUAGAUCGGAAUUUCAGACUGAGAGCUCAUCGAUUCUUAGGUUGUAUCUUUGGAAACUUCAGAAGGAGAAGGAACAGCAUUGGCUCUGUGUCGAUUGCCACCGACAGCAGCAUGUUCGCAGAACCUUCAAAAUUAAACCAUUUCUAGCAAUUGACACAAUGUAGAAGUACAGAUUUUUGUUCGAAACGUUGCAGACAAUCCAAAUGAUGACAAUUAAAGCUCUGCACUUGAUGAUUACACCUUCAGUGCUUUGAGUCAAACAGUGACCUUUGUAGAAUCCUCAUGAAAAUGUAUCAAAGCCUCGGUGAGUCUCAGUGAUAAUAUGAAUUCCUUAACGCUUGUGGGUUGUAUUCUGAUAUAUAAAUGCAAGUAAUUCUGCUAUUCCAUUCAAAUGUAAAAUUGUGAUGCCUUUCACACCAUGUGUUCAGGCAGCUUUAAAUG